UCUUCAUGUGGAGAACAUCUCUGGUCGACGCACUUCCGGCAAAAAUGGCGCUGAUGAUGGCGACCUUACGGAGGACAUGGCGCGUGUUAAAAUCAGCAUCCUCCGUCCUUCCCCCUGACGCUGCCCGCUCACAGAGCUCCGUUAGUAGCCACUUAGUUCCCGUGACCUCGUUGUCCAGACCUCCAUGGCCGGAGACGAAGCUGGUGCCCGAGGAGGAGCAGCGGCGGCAGCACGCUGUCCUGACGAGCACCGUCAACCGGCUGAUCGAACAAGACGACUUCGGCCGCCUCUUCGCCGUCGUGCACUUCGCCGGCCGUCAGUGGAAGGUGACGGACGAGGACCUGAUCCUACUGGAGAGCCACGUGGAGGCGGAGUGCGGCGAUCGAUUGUUUCUGGAAAAGGUGCUGCUGGUGGGGGCGCGUGACUUCACACUGGUGGGUCGGCCGCUGCUGGCCAAGGAGCUGGUACGCGUGGAGGCCACCGUGCUGGAGAAGACGCAGUCGUGGCCCAAAGUGCACAUGCGCUUCUGGAAGCGCCACCGCUUCCAGCGCAAGAGAAUCAUCGUGCAACCCCAGACCGUGCUCAGGAUCAACCGCGUGAGGCUGGCCCCGGCGCUCACGUGACCGCCGGCCUGACAAACUGUGUGACAAUUCGGCACGCUACCGGAAUGGUGUCGGGCAAAACUGUGGACAAUUGAGUACAAUGCACCCAACCUGCCCACCAAUAACAUGUAUUUGUUGUACUUGUGUGUACAAAUGUCAUGCAGGAGGUGGAGGCGGUAGUGGAAAACUUUCAGUCAUCCAACAUGGUAGCCGCCCACCUGUUCCGAAAAUAGCUCAGCUUUGAUGGGACAUUGUGAUUUCCUUGGAACAAUGAUCUAAUAAUUGAUUGUUGGCAAUAUAUCAUUAAAAAAACAAAUUUUAA